CUCCCAUCACCAACUUCAUCCUCCAGUGGAAGACAGGAAGUGAGAACAAUUGGCAGGAGAGAGUCAUCCAGUCCACAGACCCCCUGGUGAUCACACAUCUGUUUCCCUACACCUCCUACUCUGUCCGAUUUGCCCCUCGGAACAACCUGGGACAGGGAGGUUUCUCAGACGAGCUCACCGUCCGCACACAGGGCAUACGGGAACCAGACAGCCCGGUCCUGGUGGCCAGCGAGGGGAAGGUUGAGGGCAAUAUGUUCUCAAUCCCUUUAACGCAGUUGGACAACGGAGGCUCCCCCAUUAUCCACUACAUUGUCCGCUACAGAGUGAAUAAGGUGGACGAGGACUGGAGGCAGAAGGACCUGCCAUCCAACUCGACAGUGAUCAACCUCCAUGACCUGCAGUAUAAUUCAGACUACCACAUGGAGGUGCUAGCCGUCAACCCCAACGGCUCCUCCAGCCCCGCCAAGCUCAACUUCAACAUCCCACAGCCUGUAGCCAAGAUGAAUCAGGGUGGGAUGGGGAAAGGGGCUGUGGCAGGCAUUGUCAUGCUCAUCUUCUUGGUGCUACUGAUCGCCGUGGACACCACCUGUUGCUAUACCAACCGCUGCGGCAUGUUGAUGUUCCUGGCUGUCAAGCUGUUUGGGCAGAAGGUCCCUGGGAUGAAGACUGUGGAGGAGGGUGAUGGCAUCUCUAAUGGAGACUUGAAGUUGAAUGGGCUAGGCAUACCGAGGGAUAGCAUCCCAAAACUGCAGACACAAAAUGUGGCAAAGAAUGGGUUGCAGGCGGAGGUCACAUGCGACAAAGCGCCCCUCACCAAAUUCGAGAAAACGUCCCCCAAUGGAGAUCCAGCCACAGAGGCCUGAGUUACUGAACAGGAAGUGACAUCAUAGUAUCUGAAGAAUGGAACCAGUAAAUGCCAAAGUUGAAAGGAGGAAGUAUUGUGAGUUGGGGGUCUUAGUUAAAUGUUUUUUGAGAGUUCCCAGGACAGUCCAAGUUGAGAAAGAAAAAGGAUUAGGAAAGUUAUCUGUGAACUCUAAUGUCUAUGUGUAAUUUCAUCCAACCCUGUGCAAUCUCAUGUUAAGUGUUACGUUUCCUUGAUUUUAUAUUUCAGUACAUUCAUGUUAUAUUUCAGCACUUUAAGGCUGCUGUAAAUUGUCAGGGAGACCUUCGUAGUUUAUGAAUUGAAUCAUAACUCAUUAUUUAUUGAAGUCUAUAUUCACUUUAAUCUGCAAAAAAUCUGUAAGUGACAUAUCAUUAUUUAAUAAGGACAGUUUAUUCUAACAUAUUAACAUAUUUCCACAUUCAAUAUACAGUAUCCAGCAUGAUCACAUUAACAAAUAACAACGUGUCAAAAUUACAUCUCUUCAAGGAUUGUAAUCAUGACAAAUAUACAGAGCUCUUAUAUAUUACAGAGAAAUAUGAUAUGCUUAUUUUU